AAACUUAGCAACUAUCAACAAACCUUCGGUUUUCGGAAAUAUACGCGAAUUUUGAACAGUUUUAUUCUGCGUCAAGAUGUCUGAUCCAUCCAGUGUGCUUGAUCGUUACACUGAAGUGUGUGAGGAGCUCGGUCAAGAGCCAUCACCCUUCAUUCUCAAGGUCAUUGACAUGGAAAGGGAAGACCAAAUUUUGAGAGUCAGAAAAGGGAAGGAACCUAAAGACUACAUGGAUUUAGUGUUGCCAGGUAACAAUCACCUUAUAACAAAUAUCAGACUGACUGAUGAUGAUAUGCGUCCAUUAUACGAGACAUUAAAAAACAAUGCAUACAUCCAUUCCAUGGAUUUGAGAUAUAAUAAUAUUGGAGAUACAGGUGCAGAGUAUAUUGCAAAGCUUUUAGAGGAAACUGUGGUGUUAAGAUCUGUAAAUCUCAUGUGUAAUGACAUUGGAGAAGCCGGGGCUAAAGUCAUUGCCAAAGCAUUUCAGACCAAUGAGACAUUGGUAUCUCUGAAACUAAAUGGUAAUAAGAUUGGUAAUAAAGGUGGAAUGGCUUUUGCUGGUGUUUUACAAGUCAACAAUACAUUAGAAGAACUUGAUUUAGGAGAUACAGACCAGGGUACAGAGAGUGUCAUAGCAUUAGCAACAGUUUUGAAUCAAAAUAAAUCCAUCAGAGCUCUUAACGUGAAUAGACCACUAUUGUUCAGUCACCAAGAAGAAACUACAGUACAUAUGGCAAGAAUGUUAAAAGUCACCAGCACACUCCAAGAGUUACAUCUUCAGAAGUGUGACAUCAGAGAUUUUGGAGCUGAACGACUAUCUGAUGCACUCAUUGACAAUUCAUCACUUAAGUAUCUUGAUGUAAGCUGCAAUCGUAUUACAAGAGAUGGUGCCAAACACUUAUCAAAACUAUUAAAACACAACACACCACUACAGAUCCUAGACUUAGGAUUUAACAGAAUAGAAGAUGAUGGUGCCAAGCAUCUUGCUGAUGCCCUGGGACAAUUUAACACAUGUCUAACUCAUUUGGUGAUUACCACUAAUCAAAUAAAAGGACCUGGAGUGUGUGCGAUUGCUAAGGCCAUGAAGCUAAAUAUAUCAUUAAAUAAUGUAUAUAUAUGGGGAAAUAAUUUAGAGACACCAGCAUGUGUGGCGUUCAAUGAGUUGAUAGAAACAGAGAGACUUGAUCAGCGUAAUACAGAUGUGAAACCAUACGUAGUGGAUGGAGUUGUCUACUUAUCUGAAAUAUCACAUGGUAUUCGCAGACACUACUAUUGGACACCAUUUUAUGGGCCAGAUGUUGAAAACAGUAAAGCUCGAGAUCAAUUGGAUUUUUAAAUUUAGAUAACUGCCAUCCCAUUUGCCUUCAAACAGGAACUAAAAUUUUCUAUUUUGUGAUUCCUUAGAAACCUGGAAGGAAUUAGUGAAAUAUUACAUUCAACACAAAACUUGUUUUGUGGAAUUUCUGCAUCCAUUCAUGUUACAAUGUCCUUGAUGGUAUGAAAGAUUCUCAAUAAUCAGUAAGUUGUAACAUAUUUAUGAGUAUUCAACACGGCCAUUCUCUAGUUCUACUGUUAGCCCAUAUGUACUGAAAAGUAUUAAGUUAUUUAUCAAUAUCUUUCAAACAUGCAAAUACUAAGAGGCAUAAUAGAGAAUUUCAUUAUCUUGAAGUGAUGAAUACACCCUGCCACUUUGCUAUUUGUAUACAAUUCUGAUGUACAACCUAAAAGUCGAGA